CUCUUCAAAGAAACAAAAAGAGGGGGAUAACUUUACCUUGGUGUGUGCAUACUAGGGUUUGGAGAAAUGGACACCGACGUCUCUCGUUGGCUCCUUGAUUUUCUUGUCCGGCAACCUAUUUCCGAUUCCAAUUUAACCUCUCUCCUUUCGUCUCUCCCUCUCUCAGACACCGACUCCAAUUUGAAAAAGCUUCUUCUUCUCAGAAAACUAGACUCCCAAAUCUCUACUCCCACGCAACAUCUUUUAUUAUUACUGGAACAGAUAGAAGAGCUGGAUCACAGAGAGAAUGUCACGACUGUUGAGUCCAUGAAGAGGGCUUAUUGCGCUGUGGCUGUGCAUUGUACUUUUGAGACUGAGUGUUUUGAGCAGGCUGUGAAGAGUAUUUGGAGUGUUAGGGUUGGGGGGAUGGUGAGAUUUGGGAAUGUGGGCUUGCUUUGCGAUGAGUUGAUAAGGUGGAAGGGUGAUUUUGAGACGGCAUUGUCGGAUAGUGAUGUGAAGAAGGGGUUGGAGGAGAAAUGGAAAGCUGGGGUGGCUGUUGGUGACGUGCUUCGGGGUUUUGUGCGGGAAGCUAAGGAGAUGAUGCCUCCGGCUUUUCUUGAAUUGGUGGCGCAGGCAGCUGUGCAGGAUGAUGGGGCGUUGAGGCAAUUGUUGGGGAUGGAGGACACUCGACAAGAUAUCCAGAUGGAAACGGUGCAUCGCAGAAGCAAGGUUCGUGCUGCGAAACAAUAUAAAAGAUCGACGCCUAGAACAUCAAGCGGGGUCAAGAUUGUUGAUAAUGAUGACCUGGCUGAAUCUGAUGCAUCACCUCACAAGGAUUAUGGCUGCCUGUCUACUCCUGAAGUUGCUGAAUUACAGGAAAACCUGCGGUCAAGUACUUUAGAGCUACAAGAAAUGGUGAAGGACCCUCUUCCUGAAGCCAUAGCAGAGGCCAAGAAUGUUGCGUCAAAACUAGAUUGUGUUGACAGGAGAAGUGAUGUAAUUCCUGCAGAGAACAGUAAUCUUGAAAAUAAAGGCAGUACUCAUCAAACUAAUGCAACUAAGGCCAGCCUAAUGGAACAAAACAAAACUGCCGUUACUUAUGAGUGGGAUGAAUUGAGUGAUGGGUCAGCUGAUCGUGAAAGUAGACCUCACUUUUCCAGCCAUAAGAAAGAACCGGUCACUCUGGAAAAACAUGAAAAUCCAAAACCUAUCAGGAGAAAACGCAAGGUUUGGAGUAACCUAGAGGAAGACACUUUAAGAGCAGGUGUGCAGAAGUAUGGUAUUGGAAACUGGAAGCUUAUUUUGAAUAUGUACAAGGAUAUAUUUGAUGAAAGAACUGAGGUUGAUUUGAAGGACAAGUGGAGAAAUAUGACCUCUUGAUGUCUUGAUCUGGGUUCUUUGCUAUAUAGUAUAGUAUGAAAAAAGCCCGCCUCAGAAAAUGGGUAUCAUGAAAUAUAAGAAAUGCUGAUUUAUCAAUUAACUAUAACAUAGCCUCCCUAAUCUAUAUAUAAUAUUUUUAAGGUUAGCUACCAAAAGUCUUGUGUUUGGAUCUGGUCAGGUUUGGAUAUCCUUUUUUAAUUUGUCUUGCAGUGUGAUGUUCAAAUAUGCCUCCUUCGAUCAAUUACCCAUCAUGAUCUAGUUCAAGCCUUCAAGCAUUUAGUGAUUGCCAGCUAGCAUUGCAGUGUGUUCGAAUGUUAAAGGCACUCAUGGAAGAUGAAACUUCAAUUGUCUCCAAAUUAUCAACUAGCAGUGCCACUAAAUCGGAGAUUGUAAAACAUUUUUGUGUGGGUAUCUUGAGAUUUCAGGUUUAUGUGUCCCAUGUCCUAAAUCCUGUACUCAGUUUGAACCAUCUGGUUAUGUGAGCUGUGUGCUAGGUAAACUUUUGACUAGUUGUAUUUGCCCUAGUUUGGAUGGUUAUGCUGAAGGUCAUAUGUAUAUUAUUCAGUGACAUGGUUUGGAUUUAUGGAAGUCUCAUAAAUCUUGUAUCCAGUUUAAACUAUCUGGUUAUGUAACCGUGCUAGGUAAACUUAUGGUUAAUUGCAUCUGCUCUGCUUUUAUGUGGAAGCUCAAGGUCA